GGCCUUUCUUACGCCGGUUUCACCACGGUCGAAUGGCACUGCGUUCCGCGCGCGUUCCAUCUCUGCACGUGCCGAGUCGCAUCUCGCUGCCUCAUUCUGCAAUGCCAGCCCCGUCGGCCAUGUCCGGCGGACCCCGCGCCGCUCUCGGCGUCGGUCUUCUCGCCGCGCUCCUCUUGCUCGAGCGCAAUAUCUACGUGCCACCGACGCCAGCAGCCGUAUCGUCUCUGUCCUCAAUGACCGUCGCGUCGCGAGAUGCCCAUUGCCCCAUCUUGCACGUGAAGACGGUCACCGAGUGGCACGCCGGGCACCGCGUGCAUCUCUCUGCGUCGUCGCCGCUUUGGUCCGUGACGCUGGUCGUCGACAACUGGCGGCGCGUCUCGUCGUCUUGGAACGCCGACGCGCGGAUGCGGUCGCCGACCACGAUCGACGUGGCACUACGCAAUGCGUCCACGAGCGAGUUUGCCCUUGUAAUGGAAAAGGCAAUGUGGGAAAGGCCAUCAAGCAUCCUCUCGGCGAACGUGACGACCGCCGACGGCACGCACUGCGCGUACAAUCUGCCGCGCCAGAUCAGCGUCGGUUUCUACCGCCGCCUCGGCGAGCCCAACGCUUCGUACGCGCCGUGUUCGCGCAUGGCGAGCAAGCCGAUCGCACUCGGGUUUGGCCACACGUGUGCGAUCAACGGCUCCAACCAACUCUCGUGCUGGGGCCUCAACAGCUACGGCCAAGCGACGCCACCGGCCAACGCGUUCAUCCAAGUCGCAGCGUACGACUACCACACGUGUGCGCUCUCGGAAUUCGGCUACCCCUCGUGCUGGGGCGCGGCGUACACGCAGUACAACAACUACUCGUAUGUGCCGGUGGUGCUGCCGGCGACGACGUCGAUGGCGACGAUCUCGGCCGGCGGCCUCCACGGGUGCUCGACGGCCCUGAACGGCACGGUGUUUUGCUGGGGCGCCAACGACCUCGGGCAGGCGUCGCCGCCCGCAGGCCGCUUCCAGCACGCGUCGGCCGGCUUCCGGCACACGUGUGGCAUCACGUUUCCGGACGGGAAGCUCGUGUGCUGGGGCAGCAACGACUAUGGCGAAGCGACGACGCCGGCGGGCAACGACCAGUAUGUACAAGUCAUGUGCGGCAACCAGUACACGUGCGCGCUCACGAGUGCCAAUGUUGCUCGGUGCUGGGGCCUCGACAACCCGAACCUCAACUUUACAAUGGUACCGGACGGGCUCUUUUUUUCGUUUGUCGGCGUCUCCAAAACUGGCAGCUUUAGCUGUGGCCUCUUGCUCAACGGAUCGGCCACGUGCUGGGGCGACCCCGUCGCGUACCGAGGUCUCUACAACUUUGCGGUCUCGCCGCCGACGUACCCAACGUUCACAUCGCUUGCGCUCGGGCAGCGUAACGUCUGCGGCACGACGGCGCAAGGCACCAUCUUUUGCUACGGCGCGGGGGCGGCCACCCCCCCGGUAUCGUUUGUCGCCAAGCAAAGCGGGUACUGCUACCGCCCGCUCACCUACGGCGCGGGCCCGUCGUGGCUCACGGACGGCUCGACCAACGAUACUUGGCUCAACACAAGCUACGUCGGGAGCAAUAUCGACAGUUCCAGCGGCAGUGGCAGCGGCGAGAGCAACGACACGCGCCCCACACUGGUCCUCAACAUCUCGUCGUAUGCGUACAAGAAGCUCGAUGCGUCGGGCAGUCAGUACGGGUGCGGCAUUGACGAGACGGGCCAAGGCCACUGCUGGGGCGCGACCGUGCUCAGCGGCAGCGCGCGCGCGGUCACCGGCGCGGUCGACAUUGCAGUCUCGAUGGUGCAGCAAAUCAUGUGCGCGCUCACGCUCGCGCGCAAAGCCUCUUGCUACGCGACGCUGAUUGACGGCGGCGGCCAGUUUACCGGCAACGCGUUCGUGUCGCCCCGCGACGACUUUGUCAUGCUCUCGUCCAAAGGCAUUCACAUCUGCGGCUUGAAGGGCAACGCGCACAUCAAAUGCUGGGGCUUCAACAACGACGGACAGCUCGUCGUACCCGACCUCUCGUAUCUCUACGUCUCGGCCGGCGGGUACCAUACGUGUGCGAUCACGACCAAGUACGAAGUGGCGUGUUGGGGCCGCGACAACUACGGCCAAGUCAGUGGCAUGCCGCUCAGCACCAAGUACCGGUACGUCUCGAGCGGCUACGAACACACCUGCGCGAUUCGCAUCGACGACUCGGUCGACUGCUGGGGCGACAACAGUCGUGGCGAGACGAACGCGCCGACCGGCGUCCUCUUUUUGCAGAUCGACACGGGCUGGCAGCACACGUGCGGCGUCACAAAGGCGUGGACGCUGCGCUGCUGGGGCAACAACGACUUUGGCCAAGCGACACCGCCACCCGGGCUCUACUACCACGUCUCGGCAGGUCGGACGCACUCGUGUGCAACAAGUACGUCGGGCGUCAUGACGUGCUGGGGCGACAAGGCCGCCAAGCUCUCGAUUCCCGCGCUUUUGCAACCCUUUAGCAAUGUCGCCACCGCCGAGUACGUCCGCCAGCUCCAAGCCAACAACUCGCUCACGCGCAUGACGUGCUCGACGCUCGGGUGGGGCAUUGCGUUGAGCACGAAUCUGUGCGCAUCGACGUCCGUCUUUCGUGGCUGUCCGAGCGUCUCGUCGUACCCGGCGGCGCUCGCGCGCUGCCAAGUGAUUGGCGGACGCCUACCGACGGCAGCCGAGGUCCAAGCCGGCCUUCUCGCGGUCGAUGUGUGUCAGUCAGUUAACAACCCGGUGUGGACAACGACGGCGUGCAUUCUCGGCACGUCGGUGCAAGGGCGCAUCACGGUCAUCGCGUCGCCGCCAUCGAGCAACCCGCUGAUUCCGACGCCGCCGACGCUCACGUGCACGCCCACGUCGACACCGUCGAUGCCCGUGUGCAUUUCGGAGCGAGAGUUUACAGCGUGCAGCCUCGGCAGUCGCUGCUCGCAGGCGUGUGUGUCGCUCACCAACUCGCAGUACGCGUGCACGUGCGAUGACGGCUUUAGCCUCACGGGCGACGGCGCGACGUGCGCCCCCGUGAAUGCGCCGCGGUCGUCCAAGACGUGCAAGCAGCUCGGGUGGACCAAGCAGUACAAAAGCACGUGUGCACCAUCGACGGCGUGCUUGGCAGCGGCGACCUACAUGGACGCCGCGCAGGCGUGUGCGGCGCUCGGCGCUCGGCUCCCGAGACGCUCGGAAGUCGUCGGUAUCGCCGCCUUCCCGACGCAGUGCGGCACGUCGGCGUUCUGGACGUCCACCAAGUGUGCGGCUGGCAUCGCGCCCGGCGUGAUCACCACCAACACGGCGACCGAAACAUGCACGAAUGCGACCGCGACCGCCCGUAUCGUCUGCGUCGCCGACCCCGAUAUCAACGAGUGCGCGCUGGGCCUUGCGUCGUGCACGUCCCAGUGUUGGAACGUCGAGGGGUCUUAUACGUGCACGUGUCCCAACAACGAGACGCUGCUCAACACGGGCACGGGGGCCAACGUCUGCGUCGAGUCGCCGACGCCAAUGCCGCUGUCGACAAGCACGUGCGGCGCGCUCGGGUGGACUCCGCUCACGGGCAACACCAUUUGCACCAGCAGCCAAAGCAAGCCAAAGACGACGACCCAACGCCGCCUCAAGGCCGCCGUAGAAACGUGCCCGGAUACGAUGUCGUACGGCGACGCGGCGAGCUUUUGCGCGACGCAGGGCGGGCGGCUCCCGACGCUCGAUGAGAUUGCGAUGAACCUCCAGCUGCUCACGCGCAAUAGCGUCUGCGGCAUCAACCAGCCGAGCCAGCUCAUCUGGAGCACGUCGCCGUGCUCGCGCGACCAGACGCCAACGAUCGGCGUCGCGGCUACGAACGCCCAGCUGCUCUCGACGACCGCCAUGGAUACGAUUUGUCUUCCGAUGACCAAUGUCACUGCAUUCCCCGUGUGCGUCGCCGACAUGAUUGUCGUCGGCUCGUGCGCGUCGGGCACCAACCUCUGCUCGUGGGGCUGCGCCGACGUCAACGCUGGCUACCGCUGCAUUUGCGACCUCGGCCACGUGCUCGGGAACGACAGCGCGACGUGCAUCAACGGUUCGCAGCCAGUCUCGACGCUGACCGCGGACGGGUUUCCCAACCCGUGGGCGCCGGCGGGUGCAACGGUGGUCGCGGCGCGGUCGUACGGCUUGACGGGGCCGAGUCCGAGCAACACGAACGACUGCGCCGGCGUCGUCUCGUACGCAGCCGCCACUGCGCUCUGUCAGCGGGCCGGUGCGCGCCUUCCGACGUCCGACGAGCUCGCGGCCGAUGUCGCGCUCGGCUCGGGAUGUCAGCUGGACUACGCGACGGUGUGGAGCGCCACACCAUGCUUCCUUGCAAAUGGCUCGACUGGGGUGAUUGCGACCUCCGGGUCCAAGCUCGGGCUUCAAGCGAACCCCGCGUCGUGCGUCGACGCGGCCACCAUGCUCGCCAACGUCCGCUGCGUCAAAGACCCCAGUAGCAACAAAUGUGCGUCGUCCCCCUGCAGCCAGCUCUGCUUCAACCAAAACUAUGGCUACGCAUGUGCAUGCAACCCGGGGUUUACCCUCGCGCUUGACGGCGUCAGCUGCAAUCCAGCGCCGGUGCUGCCGUCGCUCAAGACGUGCCGCGACUUGGGCUGGACGCAGUUUGGCGUCGCCAGUGGCACGUGCACGCGCGCGAUCGCAAGCUGCCCAACACCAACGAUGCAAACCAUGGACGAGGCCAGCACGAUAUGCAGCAGCCGCGGCGCCCGCCUUCCGACGCUACCCGAGGUCCAACUGGGGCUUGUGCUCGCGUCGACUUGCGGCUCACAGCGCAUCUGGACGUCGACAGCCUGUGCGCUCUUCCCACCGACAUCGUCCGGCACCGCGAUCGCUCCCAAGUCGCUGCUCGGGUCGCUCACACUCACGUCGGCGGCACCGGCCGUCGUCGUCUGCGCGGCCAGUACCGACAAGCUCAUGACGCAGUGCAUUGCAGACGCGCGCGACAACCUGUGUGCGUCGAUCAACGGCACGAGCCUCUGUCCGAGUGACCAGCAGUGCGUCAUCAGCGACAAUGGCACCUCGUCCUGCGCGUGCGCGACCGGCACCAAUAUGGACAGCACUGGUGCGUGCGUCCCGUUCAGCCCGCUCUCCACUUCGACGUGCAAGAACCUCUGCUGGCAAACGACAGCCGCAUCGCCCGUUUGCUCGGCGCGGCGCAUCGGGGCGCCCAUGAUUUCCAUUCCCGAUACGAGCCUCUCGGCCUGCGCGCUCACGUGGCUGCGGCAGUGCGCCCCGCCCGUCACGGCGGCGUUGGCGCCCAAUGCGUGCGCGCAACUCGGGUCCCGCCUCCCGACACUCACCGAAGUCCGCGCCGGGCUUCCGUCGCCUGUGAGCACUUGCAACGGCUUCACAUACCAGCGCGUCUGGACGUCCAGCGCAUGCAUGGACCGCGCGAGUAUGACACCCGGCGUUAUUGCGAGCGGCGUUGGCGCCUGGCCCACGUCGUCGCCGCGCGAGGUGUGCGUCACGAGCAACGAGACGGUGGGCCCGGUCCAGUGCGUGGCCGACGUCUACGAGAAUGCGUGCACGAGCGGGAUGCACACGUGCCAGCAAGUUUGUCUGCCGAGCGGCGCGUCGUCGUAUGGGUGCGCGUGCCACGACCAGUACCAGCUCGGACCGGACGGUGGCUCGUGCGCGCCCAUGCUGCCGCCCGUGAGCCUCGUCUCGUGCGCUGCGCUGGGCUGGACCAACGUGCAGCAAAAGACCUUGUGUGCCAACGGUCGCGUCAACGUCACGUACGUGAACGACCAAGGACAACUGGUGCGCCACACGCAGCCGUACGUCAAGACAGCCAUGGCGUGUCCGACGUCGCUUGUGAGCUACAACGACGCCUUUGCGCUCUGCGCAACGCUCCAAGCGCGCUUGCCGACGCUCGAUGAAGUGCUCUCGGACAAGGCGAUAGGCGCGGGCUGCGGCACCGACACGACGCGGGUCUGGACGAGCACGCCGUGCAGCAUCAUGGGGGGCAGUGCGCUGACAUACAUUUCGCUUGCAGGCGCGUCGCGCUACUUGCUCCUAUACCCGCAGCAGUGCACGCAAAGUACGCAGCUGGCAGCGGUCAAGUGCGUCGCCAAUGUCAACGUCAAGUGAAAAAAACACUUUUGAACAUGAGCAAAUUGUCUUGUCGAGA